CUAAAUGCCAGAUUGGCGUCCAUUCAUUGACCUUCCUGGGACAUGUCAUUAAUGAACAGGGAAUUCGCCCGCUACCUGAGAAGGUGCAGGCAAUACGCGACUUCCCGGAACCUACGUCAAUGAAAUCUUUGCGCACAUUUCUGGGCAUGGUGAGUUAUUACCGACGGUUUGUUCCCCAAUGUGCACAUAUUUUACUGGCACUCACAAACCUACUUAAGAGCAAGAGCCAAACGUUCAGCAUGACACCAGAGGCUCGAGAAGCCUUCCAGAAUAUUAAGUCGGCAAUUGCAGACGCCACCAUGCUAGUCCACCUAGACGUCCAUCUUCCGCUUAGCAUCUCAGUUGAUGCAUCUAACACAGCCAUUGGAGCUGUUUUACAGCAACUGGUACAUACUUCAUGGAUACCAGUUGCCUUUUUCUCCCGGAAGUUGUCCGCCGCUGAAGCGAGGUAUAGCACCUUUGGCAGAGAACUCCUCGCCAUAUACGCGGCUAUCAAACAUUUUCGCCACUUUGUCGAAUGUCGGAAAUUCACAGUAUUUACCGAUCACCAGCCCCUGACGUAUGCCCUCCACACUACCACAGAUAGAUAUUCACUACGCGAAUUGCGUCACUUGGACUACAUCUCACAAUUCACUUCGGAUAUUCGACAUAUUUCGGGGGUUGACAGUGCUGUGGCGGACGCCUUGUCUAGGAUAUGUACCAUGUCGGCGCCGCCAACCAUUGACCUGAAACAAAUGGCGCAACGUCAGCUUACAGAGUUAGAUCUCGAUAAGCUCUCGUCAAAUACCUCCUUGCAUAUCAAGCGUAUACCGCUUGUUGAUAGCGAGGGUACCAUCCUCUGUGAUCUGUCCACCGGUACCCCGAGACCCAUCGUUCCACCUUCAUUGCGCCGUACGGUAUUCGAUAGCCUCCACAACCUUUCCCACCCAGGUAUACGGGCAACGGACAAACUAGUGUCAGCUAGAUUUGUCUGGCCUGGUAUAAAUCGCGACGUGCGUAUCUGGGCACGUGCCUGUGUGCCGUGUCAACGAGGUAAAGUCCACAAACACAACAUCACUCCAGUGGGUUCCUUCUCCACACCUGAUGCUCGCUUUAGCCACGUACAUCUAGAUAUAGUGGGUCCUCUACCACCAUCAAAUGGCCACUGUUACUUGUUGACAUGUGUCGACCGGUUCACUCGUUGGCCAGAAGCUAUUCCCAUCGCUGACACGACCGCGGAAACCAUUUGCCGAGUGUUCAUGGAACGCUGGGUAGCUCAAUUCGGAUGCCCAUCUACGGUGACUACAGACCGUGGACAGCAGUUUGAAUCAACCCACUUCAAGAAGCUCUUAGAGCUGCUGGGGUGCAAACGCAUCUGAACAACCGCGUACAAUCCAGCAGCAAAUGGACUAGUAGAACGUUUUCACCGCCAACUGAAAGCUUCGUUAAUGGUUACCGAGAAUACUAAGUGGACCGAGUCACUUCCCCUAGUGCUACUUAGCAUCCGUUCCACGCUCAAAGCAGACUUACAGUGCACCUCUGCAGAGUUGGUGUUUGGUACCACCCUUCGUCUACCGGGUGAAAUUAUCUCACCUGAAAGUGGUGAACCAAGUGCUACGGAUGUACAUUGUUAUGCUCAGAACCUCAAGCGCCUUAUGCAACGCCUGCAACCAACUCCCACACGCACACAAAACAAGAGAGUGCAAGUAGAUGCUAGACUCGAUGACUGUACCCACGUUUUUGUGCGUUGCGACGCCGUUCGUAGACCGUUACAACCUCCUUAUGAUGGACCAUUCAAGGUCGUUAGUAGGAAAGAAAAUUUUUUUGUUAUUGAUCGACUUGGCCGUCAAGACACCGUAAGUGUCGACAGACUUAAAAGCGGCCUACAUUGAAGAAUCUGUACCCCUCACGCCUACACAACCAGCAACUACGCCCGCACCCACACCCCAGCCAAGUGUUAUUGUCCAAAAUCCUACUAAACCUAGCAGUUCUCCGGAUGAGACAGGUAAAGCACCGGUUACACGCUCUGGUCGGCGUGUACACUGGCCUAAACGAUACUGUGAAUUUGUUAACUAAACGCUUUUAAUUACAAGAAUAACUCAUACCUUCAUGUCUUUUCUCACGUUACAUUCAUUUUUCAUGAUAUUUACUCUUUUGGGUUUCGUUUGUGGGCAGUAGCCACUUUUUCAUUUACUAAUCCUGUUAGAUUUCUUUCUCGUUACAGUGUUCUAACAUUUUAUUUUUGGCGUUGCACUCGAACCGCUAACUAGACCAGUCCAUUCCAUUGUCUUAUGGUGGCUCCCAACACUCGUGGAAUUACAAACCAAACGAACAAAAAUAUGGACCAGAUAAAAAAAAUAAUAAAAUAAAUAAAAAAAUAUAAUAAAAUGUAAAAACAAAAACUUUCACUGUAUAGUUAAAAAGACCGUUAAAUAUUUUUGCAUAUAAAUACGUCACUUCUAUGCUGUACAUUUUAAUCCGCUCAAUCUAUUUUCACAGAUCUUACUAUUUUUACUCGAGUUAUGCCAUGACGAAACUUAUUUAUUUUGUGACCCAUACUUGUAAUUACUUUGCAUCACUUUAAUUAUACAGCUCGCUACAUUUUUUUAACAAAUGGUGAUUGUACUUAUUCAUAGCUAUUGGUUAUACACACACUUCUCUGUACCUUGCAUAAGUUUUCACAGCGCUAACAAUUUCCCUUGUUUAUUUCAAUUUGCCGUACCACUCCCAUGUUACACUAGUUUCCUUGCAUUUAUUCCGCUUAAGUUUUUUGUUAACACCUUAUGCUGAUUUUCAAAUCUUAACCUCUUCUUCUAUUCUUUUCUGUUGCUUUUACUUUAUUCCUCCUAAUACGCUGGUAUAUUGAUUGCCUUUGGUGUUACUACUAGUUUUGGUUGAUGAGGAAGGAUGGAGCAUUAGUCUAAGAGGAAACUUAGACAUAAUGAGUCACCUUCCCGUUAUA